CUCAUUUCAAGCCGCGGGGCGCGCAAUUUCGGGCGGCCCCGAAAGGGGGUGCGCAGUGAGCGCGGUCGCCAUGGUGAACAUGCAAAUGUUCGUGAGCAGCCCUGAUUUAACGACACCUCACGGUGGAGCUCCUUUUCAGGGCUGGAGAAAAGGCUUUGGCUUUGGCCAUAGUGCCGGUCCUGGAGGAUACAUGCAUGAUCCCUCUAUGGUGAUCCAACUUCGAUGUAGCCCCAAGCAAGAUCGAUGUCUGGCCAGCAGUGCUUUUUGGCGACGAAAAUGGGAACUGGGGCAGGCGAACAGUUUCGGCAUCGGGGAACGCCCCAGCUAUGGAAGGCCCGAAGAUGCCGACGUUGGUCCGAACACCUAUGGCGACUAUUCGUCCCAGGUCUCCAAGGUGAAGAGAAAUUACAUCAGACCCGGCAUCAAGAUGAAGCCCCGCUUUGAAACCUUUGAGGAGAAGCAAAGAGAUCCAAGGUCUGGUCAUGGCGGACCAGGGCCGGCCAAGUAUAACACCAGUAUCCCCACAGGCAAGUCUUCGUGGUGCUACCCCUCCAGGAACCCCACGUGGUCCCUGGGUGCUCGCACCCAAGGGCCCCAAGACAAGGAGAAUUUUGGCAAGCCGGGGCCGGAUGCGUACAAUUGUAUCACUCAACCUGGAAGAAACUCACCUAUUUUGUGCCUUGUUGGCAUGACGAGUGGCGACCUGUCAUAUAUGUUUCAUUGCAGUAGCAGGAGGGGCCAGGAAUACUGGCACUUUGGGAUGUUCAGCAUGUUUUUGAAUGUUUUUGAUAAGUUUUGGUGCCGAUGUUUUUGA